AUGACCAUCAAAAUACCUAUCGACUACGUCAAGGAGACCUUCCUCAAUCGGUUCUCCAUCGCGAAACCCGCCCUCGACCUCCUUUCGGAACGCUUGGACGACGCUCGUGCUUUUGGUCGUGGUGCCUCUGUCUUCAUCCCCGCCGAACAGCGGACCUCAAUUCCCGACCUCGUCGAGCGCCAUGGUCGCCUUGAGACUGCCGUACUGUGUGCUACCGUUGAGCAUAUAGCUUGUGCUAUCCUGUUACGCAAUUAUGGCGUACGUGGUGCUAUUUCCCGCACACUCCCCGUCAUCAGCACUCGCGCACAGAAGACCUUCGACAGCGCGUGUGACUUCCUCAUUGGGAGGGCCCACACUCUUGUUGUCGCUGCUGUAAAGGCUUUAGACGGCAAGCUUGAGGACGCGUCAUCUUCUUCAGUUGUCCUUCAUGCUGGUGUCCAUAUCGCCGACACCGGGAUGCGAAAGGUCUUUGGCGAGCAUUAUGUCGAGGACUCCAUGGAGUAUGUCAAGGCUCUUCCUGCUCGCGCGGGGGAGUACUCCAAGGCCAAAGCUGUCGAAGUGUACAUCCCAUGCAAGUUAAGGGCUGAGAGGAUGAGAGAAGAAUCGCGUCUUGGAUUUAUUCUCUUUGAGGGCGCGGUACGGUCUUCGUUCUUCGGUGUCAUGGGUAUCUCAGCUUUCUUCGCCUUCACUCACGUCUACGCGAUUUCUGCGGACGACGUCGAGGAGGAAAAGAUGGUCUCGCCAAAGCCUUCUCCUAUUUCUCAUGCCUCCCCUGAUGCCCUAGCUAUCGCUCCAUACCGAGAUUGGCGUCGCUCUGGUGUCCUCUUCGUUGUCUCUCCUUUGCCCGCCACGCCCAGUACAGAAGCAUCCUUCUUCAGCGAUAUCAACGACAGUCGUCGUUAUGGAGUGGACCUUGAAGACAACAGCGUCGUGCUGUCCUUGACAUCUACGUCUCUGAGCCAUUCUGACCAUGGUACGCCCCACCCUUUUGGUCCGGAUGCUUGUGAUAUUGACGUUCAGCCCGAAGUUGGGACGGAGAAUGCGGCUGUAGUGGAGGAUAUGGGCUGCUUCGACUCUUUGGAAGAUGGGCACGAGGAUGUGUGUGGAGUCCGAGAUAUCGAUGACAUCGAGUUUGAGAAGGAAGGGGCAGACGACGAGGGUGAGGAGGACAGGUUCGCUUUCGAGGAUAGGGUGACGGCCAGAUAUGUUGAAGAUCUAUCCGCUUCACUGGAUGUUGGCGAAGUGGUUCAAUCUCAGGAUGGAAGGAGGGUUAAGACGGAAGCCGAGAUUGGGAUCGAAUGUGCGAGGUUUAUGGCCGCUAUCACAGCAGCCAUCAACAAUUUGGAAGCUGAGUGCGAGGGCGAUGAUAUGGCAUGGGUUGGGGGCUUAGAGAAUGUUAGCAUGGAGUCCAUCGACAUCGAUCUUGCUGCUACGGAUGUGGUCCAGGUGGAUGAGUAUGGUUCAGAAGGAUUGACCAGGAGAGAUGGAGGCACUGGCAUCAGGGUUCUUCCUUGUGUAUCCAGCCGGCGAACUGCGCGUACUGUCGAUAAUUUGUCCAGAACCCAGCUCGCUAGCCGAUCACAACCCACCCAAGUUACCCGCCAUGAUGCAAAUGAGCCGACCUUCCAAUUUGACGCUCAGAGUCACGUCUACCCUUCAAUCUCCGCCUUCACUACCUCCUCCGACAACAUCGAUUCCCCGACCAACGAUUACUCCUCAGCCAGCAGCAACAACGAUGCGAUUAGCACCCCCAAUGCCACCAACAUCACAGUCACCGCUACCAUCAUCAUCGCCAGCACCGACGACGCCAACCUAAGUAGCGACACCGCCAUUUACGAUACCGAUAGCUUCCCCGCCAUCGAUUACAACGUCUUUUCAUCUACCUCUGUCAACAACGAGACCCACGAUAACCCCGCUGCCAUAGUCAACCACGCCAGCUCCUCGACAUCAGCUUUCAAGUCAUCUUUACUACCUUCCUCAAUACUCGAAACCAUCGACGAGAUUGACGAAGACGAAUGGAAUGCCCAGGAAGUAUCCAGAUUAAAUGUAUCUGAGGUCGUUCACUUCGAGGUUUUUGUCUCGGGAGCCGACGAGUGCGAGGGACGGACCAGAAGACAGAAAGUCUUCAAGAUGAUCGAUUGGGCUACCGACGUUGAAGCGAGCUUCUCGCCGCUUCAAGUUGACUUCAUCCAUGCCGCCCUCUUGGGUGGCAUAUAUGGUGAGGAUAUAGGCCAAACAAUGGUCUAUAAAACACCAUCUAGCACCACUUGCAGACUGGUGGAGGAAGACGCAGAUAGCCCCUUUGGGGCAUCUGCUUCUAUAGGAAGCUACGAGGAAGUUGCCGAGCGCAUGGACUAUCGUGAGGCUCUAUGCUUCACGGUGUCCAUGCCGUGCCUCGUGCCCGAGGCAAGUUCAGCCUCAGUCAGAGAGGCGCUCGUUUUGAACACGAGCGUCUCUUUUGACUGCAGACUGAAUUUGGCAAUGGGGCCAUGGUCGGGUGGAGAAGACACCAUGAAAAUGUUGGCGGGGUGCCAUAGUAAUGGCCCGGCAGUAGAGAGUGGAGCCAUGGAGGUUAAACCCUCCAAACUCUUUUCUCACGGCGAACGCCGCAUCAACGGACUCGGAGAAUGCCACGCCCAAGCCCGCGUAUUGGGAACCAGCACGCCAGACCACUCCGGUGGUUAUCCAGAGGCCGCAGGCACCGCGCAGCCGUACGGUCACAACGACGGGGCGGCGCGCAAGGCACCAGGCGCACAAGAGCACAAGGGCAAGUUUAAAUAG